CUACGAAGCAGCUCGUCCGUAAAGUGAUGGCAGAACUGGCGGCAAUUGAGGAUAAACUAUGAACACUUCAAUGUUGACAUAGUUGAAAGUAGAAACCGUCUAGUAGAUUCUAGCGAGAUAUGGACACCAAAUACGUUACUCAUCUGGUUUCUUGGUAGAAGGGAAAUUAUACAUUGCGCACCUUUUUUCGAUAAGAGAAACAGGGAUAUUUAAUAGGCAUUGAACAUUUGAUUGGUAAUAAUUGUAUAGAUAGAACUUGGAUGUUUAAUACUAACUAACCAAUCGGAGCGGAGGUGGAGAAUCCUCCCCGCAACGUUUUCUUCAUUUUCUUCCUUCAGCACUGAGCACGUUAAUCCGAUCAUCUCGACUUUUGUCAGCAUCCUGACAGCCUUUAAUUUUAUUUGCAAGUGAGAAACGACAAGAAACACCUAAGCCAAUAAGAACAGCUGGCGUAAAUCGAAGAAAUGGCUGUCGCGACGCAUACCCCGCCGCCACUCCCUCCUCUAUUCACAAACACAAGUCCACCGCCAAUCCUUCUAUUCCAAGGCGCCGAAGCUCAUUUAUACAAGACAACAUUCCUCACACCCGAAACACCUGCAGCCCUCAAAGUGCGGCCUACGAAACCGUACCGCCAUGACGCUCUAGACCGACGACUAACUCGCCAGCGAGUCCUGCAUGAGGCUCGAUGUUUGUUAAAGCUUGUCCGCGAGGGCGUGCGUGUUCCCGCACUACUAUCAGUGGACUGGGAGCCAUCUGGCGGGCAAAACCAACAACGUUUGACAGGUGCGUGGAUGCUGAUGGAAUGGAUCGACGGACCUGCUGUUAGGGUCGUGGUAGAGAGGUGGGAGGUCUGGAUGAAGAAGUCACUAGGCGAUUCUAGCCAAGAAGAUAAAACAGCAUUCAAAGAGGCGGAGGAAAAUCGUGUUAAAGAUCUCAUGAAGCGUAUCGGCCAGGCAGUGGGGAGCAUGCACAAAGCUGGCGUUGUGCAUGGGGACCUCACCACGAGUAACUUGAUCUUACGGCCACUUCAUACCGUGCCGGGCCAGGCACUAGAACAAUCUUUUGAUCGAGAUAAGCAGAUGGAGGUGAAUGAGUCACCGUCUAUGGAGGGCGAGAUCGUUCUUAUCGACUUUGGUCUGGCGAGCUCCAGCGUGCAGGAAGAGGAUCGUGCGGUCGAUUUAUAUGUGCUGGAGCGUGCGUUUGGUAGCACACACCCGAUGACUGAAGGGUUUUUUGACCAUGUACUACAAGGUUAUUCGGAUAGCUUUAAAGGCACACAGAGCGUCCUCAGAAAGCUAGAGGAUGUGAGAAUGCGCGGACGAAAGAGGAGCAUGCUUGGUUAGAGAAGGGUUUACUGAUUAUAGAACAAGCUUGAUCGGAUUUUGAAGGCCAUCUAAUAAACGCCACUAUAUGCC